AUGGCGACUGCCUCCGCCGUUCCGGUCUUUGGUCACACCUCCGGCAUCCCCGUUGGGAUGGAAAAACGUGACAAGCACGCCGAGUAUGCCCUGGUCGUUCAGGCUGCUAGUAGAGAGACAAUCGAGUCGAUCAAGUCGAAGGGCAUACUCAAAGGCUCCGAAUGGGCAUCUCCUCUAGCCACCGCCCCUGCGGCGGUCGGAACCAUGGCCAUUCUUAUCAAAACAGCCUCCGCGAAGGCGGCGGCCGGUCUCCAGGUCGAGACAGUGGAGGUCAAGGAUGAAACCGGCCAGACAAUUGGAAAGCUUCCGUCUAGGUAUUUCCACAGCAAUCUGCAGAAUUGCAGCGAUAUUGGCCGGUCUGCCUUCUUGGAAGCUCAGGCAACCAUGAAUACUAUCAGGGAGGUUGCGGCUAGAAUGGUCCAAGACGGCGGCAGCGUCGCGAACAUCAUUGAGUUGCUCGAGAACCCCGAGAUAGCCCAAUAUCUCUUGCCGUCGGAGAUAAAGGCCAUCAGAGACUCCGCUGGGAAGUGCUUGAAAAACGUCCAGGAUCUCACAGACCGGUUCCAAUACUGGUAUUGGGUCAUCUGCUGUUUGAAGAGCAAUGUUCUUGCUGGUCAAGGGAGCAACCAAGACAAGGCCAACAAGAACCUGCAGCAACAUAAGGAGACGGAAAGCCAGAAGAUGGAGCAGAUUGAAAAGGAAGAGGCCGCUAAGAAGGCGAUAAAGGAACUAGAAGAGCGACUUGAAGAGGCGAAAAAUAAGGUCGCCAGGGCCCAGCAGGAGGUUGAGAGGCUCCAGAAGCUGCCGGCGAUCCCCGAGCCGGACUUUGCGGAAGCGAUGCUUCACGCUGAGACGGCGGUUCCUGAAUCAGCCGUGCCACAGAGAGAGAAGGGAUUUUUUGGGGGAUUGUCGAACAAGAUUUUCGGCGAAAGCAAGGAGGAUUUUGAGGCCAGGAAGGCUCACCACCUAGAAAUAGAACGUCAGCGCAAUGAGUAUAUGGAAAAGGAGAAGGCUCGGCGCAAGGAAGACCGGAAAGUCGCAGCUAGUAGGCUCAAGGCAGCAAGAGAAUUUGAGAGGAAGCUUGAGAAGGAUAUACUAAAGGCGGCGGAAGCGCUGACCGGAAACAGAAAUAUGCUCGCCGAGGCGAAGGCGAACUUGGAGAUCACCGAGGCCCAGUUCAAACGACUUGGAGAGGAGAAGUUGGAACUCGACGACAUCUUGAAGAUCCUAGAAGAAUCGAGCAUCCAGCUCGGCGAGCUGAAGGAGCAGGUCAGCCACCUCGUGAAAUUCUUUAGCACUCUUCUUGGGGUUGUCAAUGCGAGUAUGGAUGAGGACGUGGAGAAUUUCCUGCGACCAAUCCAGGCAAUUGUCGUGGUGUCGGCAGUAGCCGACCAAAGCACGAUUAAUAAAUUGCGCGAUGCGAGCAAGAAGAGAAUCAUCACGAAGGCACUUCAUAUCCAAAGCAGCUUCACGGCCAUCAAGGACGUUGCUGGGACAUACGUGUCCAUCUCUGACAGCUACAUCCUGCCGGCCAUUAACAAGAUGGAGAAGCUCUCAACCGUGACCGGCGGUGAAUGGUCCAGAGAGAGUCAAGCCUUUACCCACUGGUGUAAGGAGGCCGUGGGCAAAAUUGAGAAAAUGGCCCGAGACGCCAGUGAUGAGAUGGAGCCGAACAUGGCCGCCCGUGUAUUAUACUUGGAAGGGUGUGCGAUCAAAGCGGAGGCCGCCAGCGGCCGCUAA